UGUCCAUAUAUAGACAAAUAAUUUUCCUGACAAUGGUAGUUUGAUUAGGAAAAUGAAAAGAUAUAUACCUAUAAAUUUCUCCCACGAUUAUAUUCUUAAGAUUUGUUUAACAGUUGAUGAGGAAAAUCAUCAAUGGCUGACUCUGAUUGUGGCUUUAGCUUCAGUAUUCCUCUGGCUUGUUGCUUCUCCUCUCGGGAAGAUAAAUCAGAGAAGAAAUCGAGGCUUAAGAAAGAAGAAAAGGCGAAAAUACCUGAGAGCAAGCUUGAAGAACAAAAUUUACAGACUAACGAGAAAGAAUCGGAGAAGAAAUCUGAGCCCAUAGUGAAGGAAGACAAGAAGGGCGAGAAAAAUAGUGAUGAGAUUGAACUCGUAGAAGAUAAGACAUCGCCAAAUGAAAAGGAACCGGAGGUAAAAUCUGAGCCAACGAAGGAGAAGUUACCUGAGAUGGCUCCCGUAGAAGAUAAGUCGCUGGAAGACAAGAAGGAGAAAGAAACUGAAAGCAAGCUUGGAGCAGAUGAUAAGCAAUUGAAGAAGGAAGAAAAGAACAAGGAGACGAUCAAUCAAAUUGAGAAGAAGGAAGAAGACAACAAGGAGACAAUCAAUCAAAUUGAGAGUCAGCAAGCUAAGUCCAAGAAAGAAAGCGGCAAAGGAAACUCAAAAGAAAAGAAAUCAAAGAAGAAGAAACCAUUUGAAAUCUCGCUCAAUUUAAACUUUGGUUUUUGAUUCUGAAAUGCAAGAAACUUCGCCAGAAAAUGACUCAGCACAGCAAUUUCAGCCAUAAAAGAAGGCAAAGUCAUAUAUUAUUGUAUCCCAUGUUUAUAUAAUCUUUCAAUUUCAAUUGGACAGACAGACUAUAAAGUCUAGAAUCAAGUUGGCUUUGUGUAUUCAGAUUUUUAUAAUAGAUGUUACUUAUUAUAGUUUUAAUGUAAAUAAUUAUUCAUAUAUAAUAAGAAUUAUGUUUGAUAGUCUUAA